AUGGCCGCAUCCCAAGCCGCGAGUGUCGUGGAAAAGGUGAUUGAGCACAGUGAUAAUGCCACCGUCACAAUAGAUGUGAGUAACCAUGACAAGGGAGCCUACGGGCAGGAAACGGGAGAGAAGAUCAAGGCCACGACGUGGCAGGGAAAGGACAGUUCGAGAUGCCAAAGCCAAGUGUUGUGGAUGAAGGUGACUGUCGAAAGCGUGGGACCAACUGUGAAGAAGGUCAAGGCUGGAGAUCGCGUUGUUGCAGCUUUUCCAAUUGCUUGUGGAGAAUGCAGAAACUGUAAGGAGCAAUUGAUGUCAGUCUGUGAACGGACAAAUGAAAACUCCAUUACGCAUGCGAUACAUGGUAAACGGACAGCAGGGGUGUUCGGGUAUAGUCAUUUUACUGGGGGCUUCGCGGGAGGCCAAGCAGAGUACGUACGUGUACCUUACGGUGAUGUUAAUCCACUGCAGCUCCCAGCAGACGUUCCAGAUGAGAAAGGUCUUUACCGUUCAGAUGUCCUAGCGACUGCAUAUCAUUGCGUCGUUGAUACGGGUAUGAAGAAAGGUGAUGUUGUAGCCAUCUGGGGCGGAGGCCCAAUCGGCCAAAUGGCUGUGGAAUACAGCUUUAGUCAGGGGGCCACUCGUGUCAUCCUUAUCGAUGGCGGAGAGGGAGCAUGGAGGUUGGAUUUUGUCAAGAGCAAGAUAUCAAAGCUUGAGACAAUAGAUUUCAACAACCUACCAAGAGGAGAAUCAAUCCUCUCCCAGUUAAAAAUGAUUGUACCUGGAGGGCCAGAUGUGGCACUAGAAUUUGCUGCGGGAGAGUACGCCAAAGGAUGGGCACAUUACUUCGAGAUGCUUCUGGGAAUGGAGACAGACACCUCGGAAAUUCUGAAUGAGAUGAUCACUGCUGUCCGGCCGUUUGGACGAAUUGGUAUAACUGGGACGAAUCACUUCAGUAUUGGUGCUCUCAUGCAAACUGGUAUCCGGUUCAUCGGCAACUGCCAGGCUCCAGUCCAGAAAUACUGGGAACACCUCCUGAAGUUCAUAAGGCGGCAAGAGAUUAAUCCAUUGGACAUGGUAACCCACCGUGUCCCAUUGGAGAAUAUGCCGGAAUUGUACGCGGCGUUCGAGAGACGGGACCAAGGUAUGCAGAAGGUUUAUGUGCAGACCAGGUUCUCAUCACCCCCGGCGGAAGGCUCACCCCAGCUGACCGACCUUUGA